UCGGUGUACCGGUCGGAGGUUCCUCUGGACACGGCUUGUUUAGACCCCCAAAACAUGCCCAUGCGUAGCCCUCAAGAAUCGGCCUUUUUUCAUCGCCUCCGGGCCUUGUCUCCCGACCGUGCCGAGAAGGCCCUAGAUACGCUAAGGGGCGACAUUAAGAAUGGCGAAAUCGAUGCCAUCGACAAGCACUCGUUCGGCCUAGUGCAGACCUCUUGUCGGCACCCGCUUGUCGGCAUGUGCACACUGGACCCUCUGCUCGCCCCCUCCAGGAGAGGGCGUGACCCGGGCGGCCAGACGCUCUCGUUUGUGAACUUUUAUGACAUCUAA